AUGGUAGAGAAGACGACGGAGGACGACCAACACCAGCAGGCUUCUGCCGGUGAGAAGCACAAGACCGAGGCGGAAACGCCAGACCCUAAGCGGACCAAGGUUGAAUCAGAGACGUCUGCCGAUCAAGGCAAGGAGAAUGACAAGGAGAACGACAAGAGAGAGGAGUCAAACACUCAUCAGACGAAGAAUAAAGAGCCGGAAGAGUCCAAGUCCGAGGUAAAAUCUGAAAACGGCACCACCGGCAGAGCCAAAGCAGACAAAGGCAAAGACGCGCCCGCCAGCAUCCUCGAAAAGGGCAUCAUUUAUUUCUUCAUCCGAGGCCGCGUGGACGUCGACAAGCCCGAGGAAGUGGACGACAUUGCGCGAAGCUUCAUCAUCCUCAGGCCGAUAGGUCAUGACGCAAAGCUGAGCAAGCCGCCGCUGGCGGAUGCUGGAAACACGCGGAUUCUCGUCCUACCCAAAAAGGUGCUCCCUUCUAGUGGCAGAGACCGCUUCCUAGCGUUUGUCGACAAGACUGGCGCGUCAUACGAUGAGAUCAAGGGACAAUUUCUGGCUGGUGCGGAUUACGAGACCAAGACCAAGGGCACCAGACACACGCCAGCAGCUACACCGGUGGGCGAAGGUGUCUAUGCCAUCACAAGUACUGGGCGCGAGAGCCAUCUCGCGUACAUGCUGACGAUUCCGCAAGAGCUCGGCGAGGUGCAGAAGGACCUUGGUCUGAAGGAGCAAGGAAGCUUCAUCAUUAGCACCAAGAAUCCAGAGUAUCCGGCGCCUGCCUCUGCUCGUCUUCCCCAAGCACCAGAGUAUCCGAAGAAGAUGCAUGAGGAGUUUCAUGAAUAUCGCUGGAUUCCCACCCGGCCGCAUCACCUCGACUAUGCCAACACCCAGAUCCUGAUGAUUGGAGAGUCGUCUGGUAUUAAGAAAGCUUUGGGCGUUGAGGAUGACGGGGGUAAACAGGCGAACAAGGAGGAGCCCCUUGAGGAGAUGGAAGAGUUGGAAGAGCAGGACUUGAAGCGGAUGCAGCAGCUGUCGGGAGACGACUCUGCAUCAAUCUACGCAGACUUGAAGGCUCAUGCGGAAGAUUACCCAAAGCUUCAGACCACCUUUUGAAGGUCUUGCAGCAGCGGGGUA